AUGAGUCGCAAAGAAGCUCUUUCUUCUUUUAUUCAACAAAUACAUGGGCGUCCCGUUGUUGUGAAAUUAAACAGCGGUGUCGACUAUAGAGGAGUUCUUGCCUGUCUGGACGGUUACAUGAAUAUUGCUUUGGAACAAACAGAGGAAUAUGUGAAUGGACAGCUCAAAAACAAAUAUGGUGAUGCAUUUAUAAGGGGAAAUAAUGUGCUGUAUAUUAGCACAUCAAAAAGAAGAAUGUAA